AUGGGCACCUCAACUCCGAAUGUGCUCUCUGAACCUCAAUUUCUCGAUCAAGUUCACAGCUUUAACGCUGCCAAACUCGGAAAAGAGUUGGAAGAAGAAGUGAUCAACGACAGCCCAAUUGAGGAAGUGCGGCUGACAGUACCGAUCACCGACGAUCCGACGCUACCGUCACUCACAUUUCGAACAUGGGUUCUCGGGCUGUCUUCCUGCGUCUUCCUCGCGGUCUUGAACCAGUUCUUCAGCUACCGCUACAACGGUCUCUUCGUCGGCUCGACUUCGGCACAGAUCAUGGUGCUGCCGCUUGGCAAGCUGAUGGCUGCUUCCCUCCCCACGAAACGUUUCAGGGUCCCGUUGACGGAUUGGUCCUUCACAUUGAACCCUGGGCCGUUCAAUGUGAAGGAACACGUCUUGAUCACCAUACUCGCCAGUUCCGGUGCUGGUGGGGUGGCGGCGAUCGCCAUUAUUACCGCCAUCAGAGCUCUCUACCACCGAAGCAUCCAUGUCGUCGCGGCGAUGUUGCUGGUGUUCACCACACAGUUGCUUGGGUAUGGAUGGGCUGGAAUGUUUCGCAAAUUUCUGGUGGAUUCGCCUCAUAUGUGGUGGCCUGGAAGCAUGCCGCAAGUCUCACUUUUCAGGGCGUUACAUGAAACAGAGAAGAGACCAAAAGGAGGACAAACCCGACUGCAGUUUUUCACCGUAGUGUGCAUAUCAAGCUUUGCUUACUACAUAGUUCCAGGCUACUUAUUCCCAUCCAUAUCGGCACUGUCAUUCGUUUGUUGGAUCUGGAAGGACUCCAUCACCGCGCAACAGCUUGGUUCCGGGCUGAAUGGGUUUGGACUCGGUGCAUUCGGUCUGGAUUGGUCCACGAUUGCGGGGUUCGUGGGGAGCCCUCUGGCCACACCAUUGUUUUCCAUUUUCAACAUCAUGGCUGGGUUCAUCCUGUUUGUCUAUUUCGUCCUUCCCAUCGCUUACUGGAAAAAUGCGUACAGCGCGAGAAGAUUCCCAAUGCUUUCUCAGGGGACUUUCGACAGCUCUGGCCAACCGUACAACAUUACCAGGAUUCUGAAUGAGAGGGAGCUCAGCAUCAACCUUGUCCAAUACGAAAACUAUAGCCAGCUCUACCUCAGUUUCACUUUUGCGUUUAACUACGGGAUCAGCUUUGCAGCUUUCAUGGCUACCAUAGUGCACGUUGCGCUUUUCGAGGGGAAGUCGAUUUGGGAAAUGUGGAAGAGGGCAUCAAGUGGAAUGAAAGACCAAUUCAGCGAUGUCCAUACAAGAAUGAUGAAGAAGAACUACGAAGAAGUUCCUCAAUGGUGGUUUCUGGUGGUAAUGGUCGUAUCAGUAUCACUUUCUUUCGUCGCAAUUCUAGGGUUUGACAAACAACUCCAGCUUCCAUGGUGGGGGCUCAUCCUAUCAUGUGUCAUUGCAUUUGUUGUCACCUUGCCAACCGGGAUACUCGUUGCCUCUGCACAUCAGGGAAUCGGGAUAAACAUAAUCACGGAGCUAAUCAUAGGGUACCUGUACCCGGGGAAGCCAGUCGCAAAUGUGACUUUCAAGACCUAUGGCACAAUCAGCAUGUAUCAAGCGCUUAGCUUCUUAUCAGAUUUCAAACUCGGCCACUACAUGAAAGUCCCUCCGAAAUCGAUGUUCAUGGUCCAGCUAGUAGGCACCAUAGUUUCUUCCACCGUCCACUUCGGAACCACAUGGUGGAUACUUUCGAGCAUCCAAGGCAUAUGCGACCCAACCAAGCUACCCAGGGGAAGUCCGUGGACUUGCCCUGGGUACAAUGUCUACUACAGCGCCUCUGUCAUCUGGGGAGUGGUUGGCCCGCUCAGAAUCUUCAACGUUCGCGGCGUGUACCCGCAGAUGAACUGGUUCUUCCUGAUCGGCACGUUUGCACCGGUGCCCGUGUGGCUGUUGUCGAGGAAGUUCCCGGAGAAGAAGUGGAUCAGGAUGGUUUACAUGCCGAUCGUAUUGACGGGAAUGGGCGGCCUGCUGCCGGCGAAGCCAAUUCACUUCUGGUCGUGGGGAGUCGUGGGAGUGUUCUUCAACUACUACGUGUACAAGAAGCACAAGGGAUGGUGGGCUAGGCACACGUACAUUCUGUCAGCUGCGCUGGACGUCGGGAUUGCCUUCAUGGGUCUGCUGCUUUACGUUGCUCUUCAGAGGAAGGAAAUAUAUGGCCCUCAAUGGUGGGGACUCCUGGCUGAUGACCAUUGUCCAUUGGCAAAGUGCCCUACUGUCCCUGGGAUUGGUGUCAAAGGAUGUCCUGCCAUUCAGUGA